AUGGACCAUGUCAAACAAGGCGCCAUCGAAGUGGGCACUGACAUCUGGCACUCGGCCUCCACCUUCUUCACCGGUCUUCUCUCUGAAUCUUCAGAAUCGAGCAGCAGCAGCUACGAUUACUACGAUCCAAACCAGGGGCUCUCGGUUAUAAUCAAUGGCAACUACGCCUCCAUAAUCGACCAGAACGGAAACAAAAUUCCGAUGACUGUCGUUGGCGAAAAUAUGUACAGACUUAACGACCGCACGAAUUUGGUCAUUACAAACGGCGGGCUAGCAGUUGUCUCCGUUGAUGGAACAAAAAUCGGCUACGAAAUCGACGAUUACGACUACCAGUACGAACUCAAUGGAGGAGCAUCUCCAUUCAUGAUCUACGGACUUCUCUUCAGCUGCCUCAUUUCUUUGAUGAUUCUUUUCGCAAUCAUGGUAAAACGCCGUCGAAUGAUGAUCCACCGUCGCUACUUGCUUGCUCGUAACUCACUUGCCACCGCCGCCGAUUUCGCUGUUGUCGAUUCAGAAAUCCCCUCCGUCAACAGCGAUAAAGCCAAGAAAAACGUCAACGACGCCCCGCCCUCCUACGAAACGGUCACUGAGCAAGACAAAAUGCUUCCCAAAUAUGAAGACGUUUAG